UUUGUUUGUUGUAUCUUAAAGCUAUAUUGUAGCGCCAUAAACCCUGCAAUAACCUCCAAGCUUUCUUCCAUGAAACCUCAAAAGCUUUCUUCCAUGGAAGAUGAUUUAGUGUAUAUUGAAUCUGAAUACUGCCCUGAGGCAAUCACAGAAUGGUUCCAAGUUGGUUUAUUUCAAGACAGAGCCAAGAUUCUAAAGACCAAUAGAAAAGGCGUUGUCGGAAUUAUGACCCUAAGAGCCAAAAAGCAUCUCUCCGCUUUAGGUUGGACUUUCAAAUUCGUUAAUCACUGCGGCCGACGCGAGUUGCGGUAUAUAUCCCCGCGAGGUAAACAGUAUAAUUCUCUUCGAGUCGCCUGUAAAGAGGUCAUUAGUAAAACUGAUAACCCUGACACGAAAUCUGCAGAACGGACAAGUUUUUCGAGAAAAGAAGUUUCUUGCUUAGUUCGUCAAGAACCCAGAUCAGAUUCUGAUAAAAUGUUAUCAAAGACGAAGAAAAUAAGAAAAAUAAGAGAUUUUGAUGGUCCUGACACGAAAAUUGCAAAACAGAUCAUAGUUAGCGAGAAAGAGCCGUCAGGAGGUACAAGUUUGUUGAGAAAAGAAGUUUCUUGCUUAGUUCAUCAAGAACCCAGAUCUGAUUUUGAUAAAUUAUUGUCAAAGACGACAAAAAUAAGGAAGACUAGAGGUUUUAAUAAUCCUGACACGAAAGCUGCGAAACGGAUCAUAGUUGGCAAAAAAGAGCAAUCAGAUACAAGUUUUUUGGGAAAAGAAGAAGUUUCUUGCAUAGUUUAUCAAGAACCCAGAUCAGAUUCUGAAAAACUAUUGUCAAAGACGACGAGUAAAAGGCAAAUUAGAGGUUUCGACAGGAAAACUGCGAAACAGAUCAUAGAUGGCCAGCCAGAGCAAUCAGGCAGAAUUUCUUGCUUCGUUCAUCAAGAACCCGUAUCAGAAUCUGAAAAAUUCUGGAGGAAAACUAGGGGUUUUAUUAAAAGAGUUCAGCAUCAGAAUGGGGUAACUGCUAUCUCUUCGUGUCGAACAAUCCUGACAUGGCUGGUCGACAAUAAUGUCUUAUCGGUAAGAGAAAACGUAUACUACUAUGGAAGAUUGGAUAUGCCUGCAAUGGCGAAAGGGUGUAUAAGUGGCGGAGGGAUUAAGUGUAAUUGCUGUGGUAAAGUGUAUACACUUAAUGGUUUUGAAUUUCAUGUUACUGGCAAAUAUUACAAACCAGCUGCUAAUAUCUUUCUAGAAGAUGGAAGAUCUCUGCUACAAUGCCAGAUGAAACUAAUACAUGAUGACGACGAUGAUGACUCACCCGAAAGAUUGAUGAGUAGGAAUCGGAAUGAGAAUGAUGACGUGUGUUCUGUUUGUCACUAUGGUGGUGAUCUCAUUUUAUGUGAUCAAUGUCCAUCCUCUUUCCACCAAAAAUGCCUCGGUUUAAUGGAUGUUCCUGAUGGAGAUUGGUUUUGUCCGUCAUGUUGCUGUGGAAUUUGUCACCAGAACAAGCUAAAACCAGAAGAUGAACAUUCUGUGUAUAACAAUAAUUAUAACGGAGUUAUGAAUUGUGCUCAAUGUGAGACUAAAUAUCAUAUCGGAUGCUUAACGAACGGAUCAGCAGAAGUUAGCUCGGAAAAGUCAACUGAAGAAAAUUGGUUUUGCAGCAAAAAGUGUGACCAGAUUUUUGCCGGCCUGCACGAGCUUUUAGGAAGACCAAUUUCAGUGGGAAUGAACAAUCUUACAUGGACAUUGUUAAAAGCCAAUAAUCAUAAACCUGACGAUUCUGAAAUCGACAACUAUAGCAAGCUGAAAAUCGCACUUGAUAUGGUGCACGAGUGUUUUGAACCAGUUCAAGAACCUUACACCAAGGGAGAUAUUCUUAAAAAUGUUAUUUUCAGUAAAAAGUCGGACCUACACCGUCUGAAUUUCCGAGGUUUCUAUACAGUUCUCCUGCAGAAAGAUGAUGAAUUCAUUACAGUGGCUACAGUAAGGGUCUAUGGAGACAAGGUGGCAGAAAUACCGCUCGUCGCCACUAGAAUUCAGUACCGCCGACACGGAAUGUGCGGAAUACUAAUGAACGUCCUGGAAAAGAAGCUGAAGGAAUUAGGAGUCCAGAGAAUGAUUUUACCAGCUGUUCGUAGCGUGUUAAACACAUGGACUGGUUCUUUCGGAUUUUCGAAAUUGACAGAAGCGGAGAGAUUGCAGCUUGUAAAGUACCCAUUCUUGGAUUUUCAGGAUACUGUGAUGUGCCACAAGCUGUUAAUGGGUUUCCCUUCUACAGAAUCAAGUUUAUCACCAGAAGCUGAGCCUGUAUUAUGCAUUGAUGCUAGUGGAAAUGGUGAUAACACAGAACUUGGUGUAUUAUGUGCUGUCUCUGAAGUAUUUCAAGCACGAGAAAUUGGAAGCGAAAUUGCCAAAUGCCAGGAAUUAGAGUUUUCUGCAAUUCAUACGAGCAAUAGCAACGGAGGAGCAGCGCUUAUUGACCCAGGAACCGAUCCAGGUGAAGCCGGUCUAGAUUGCACUACAGCUUACUUGGAAAAAGUAUUUAAAUGUUACAAACGAAGAAAAACAAAGAUGAUAGCAUGUGGAAGCUGAGGUUUAAAGUUUAUUCCAGGGUUGCCUACGAAUUCUGAUGAUUGUACUGCAAUGUGUCUCAUUUUAACUCUCUUGUAGAAUUUUUACUCA